AGAAGCGGACGAAUACGAAAAAUAAGUCACGUGACUUCGCCAGCCCCUUAAACUUCCUGAUGUAGCAUUCAUUCUAUGUUUUUUCCUCCUUACUGGUUUGUUUUUGUUUACAGCCAGGCAGAGGUGAGACCAUACGUGCAGCAGCGAGCGUCGUGUUGAUUUUGGCGGAAGGCAUGCUCACAGCUGGCGGACAGGCUGGGAUCAGACAGGUCAGGUUUGUUGAAUUUUGACCACACGCCGUCAGGUAACGAGUUAAGGUCCCUGGCUCAUACAAUGGCAAGUCUCCUUUCGAUGCAGUGCAGUGCCUCUCUCAGGAAAAACGUCAGUCUGGUCCAUUUAAGGACUGCCGCCUUGGCUGUGGAUAGGCGAAACUACAGCAGCAAAAAUGGGGCUUCAGCAGAGUACCUGCACCAAAGUAUUGUGCCAUCGAUGCAUUAUCAGAAGAGCCUACCCAGGCUACCCAUCCCCAAACUUGAAGAUACUAUCAAGAGAUAUUUAGCUGCUCAGAGGCCACUUCUGGAUGAUGACCAGUUCAGAUCAACGGAGAAGCUUACGCAGGACUUCCAGAGUGGUGUGGGGAAACAGCUGCAUGAAGAGCUGGUAGCCCAGGACAAAAGCAACAAACACACCAGCUACAUUUCAGGUCCAUGGUUUGACAUGUACCUGUCUGCACGUGACUCUGUGGUGCUGAACUUCAACCCCUUUAUGUCCUUCAAUCCCGACCCUAAGAUGGAGUACAACAACCAGCUUGUGCGUGGAACAAACAUGGUGUGCUCUGCAGUGCGCUUCAUGAAGACACUACGGGCUGGAUUAUUGGAGCCCGAGGUUUUUCACCUCAACCCAGCCAAGAGUGACACAGAAAGCUUCAAGAAGCUCAUCCGUUGGGUCCCCUCAGCACUGUCUUGGUAUGGAGCCUACAUGGUGAACGCAUACCCUCUGGACAUGUCCCAGUACUUUCGCCUCUUCAAUUCCACUCGCAUCCCCAAGCAGGGGCGAGACGAGCUCUUUACACAUGAGAAAGGACGGCAUCUCCUUGUGAUGAGGAAAGGCAACAUGUAUGUGUUUGAUGUGGUAGACAGGGAUGGGAAUUUGGUGAAGCCUGCAGAGAUCCAGGCACACCUGAAGUACAUUUUGUCUGACCCAACCCCAGCACCUGCCUUUCCUCUCGGGGUCCUGACCAGCGAGAACAGGGAUGUCUGGGCCGGACUGAGGGACAAGCUGUUGGCUGCUGGAAAUGGAGAGACCCUGCAGGUUGUGGAUAGCGCGCUCUUCUGUCUCUGCCUGGAUGACGAGACCAUGCGGGACCAUAUUCAUAUCUCCCACAACAUGCUGCAUGGUGAUGGCUGCAACCGGUGGUAUGACAAGUCCUUCAGCGUCAUCCUAACCAAAGACGGACAGGCAGCAAUCAAUUUCGAGCACUCUUGGGGCGACGGUGUGGCUGUGCUCCGCUUCCAGAACGAGAUCUUCAAAGACACCACAGAGCGGCCGCUGGUAAACCCUAAUUCUGCUGCUGCUGCUGUGGAUUCAGCCUCCGCCGUUCGCCGACUCCAGUUCAAGCUGGACAGUGAGCUGGAGAACGGGAUUGCGAAAGCCAAGGAGAAUUUUAACGCGGCUGUGUCCAAACUCACCAUUGAUGCCAUGGAGUUCAAGAAGGGCGGGAAGGAACAGUUGAAGAAAAGCAAGUUAAGUCCGGAUGCUAUUGCCCAGCUGGCUUUUCAAAUGGGCUUCCUGAGGCAGUACGGAAAGACCGUGGCCACAUACGAGUCCUGCAGCACUGCGGCUUUCAAGCAUGGCCGCACAGAGACCAUUCGUCCAGCCACCGUUCACACAAAACGCUGUGCUCAUGCCUUUGUCAAUCAGCCAGGGCAGCACAGUGUGGAGCAACUGCAGGCCAUGCUCAAUGAGUGCUCUAAAUAUCACGGCCAGCUCACCAAGGAAGCAGCUAUGGGCCAAGGUUUUGACCGCCACCUCUUUGCCCUGCGUUACCUGGCCAACACUACGGGCCAGGCUCUGCAUAGCUUGUACAAGGACCCAGCUUACACCGCCAUCAACCAUAAUAUCCUCUCUACCAGCACUCUCACAAGUCCAGCCGUCAACCUUGGCGGCUUUGCCCCCGUGGUGCCCGACGGCUUCGGCGUGGGAUACGGCGUCCAUGACAACUGGAUCGGCUGCAAUGUGUCUAGCUACCCGGAUCGUAACGUCCAUGAGUUCUUGCAGUGUGUCCACAAGUCCUUAGAGGACAUCUUUACUGUCCUGGAAGGAAAGCCUGUCAGUUAAGGAAGAGGUGUGCUUCUCAUCCCCGAAGAGAAAAAAGCAUUUUUACUGUACAGUGAAUGUGAAGGCAGUCAUUCUCUCGUCUGUUGACCAACAUUUUCUGGGCAAAGAUACACAAUGUUAGCAGAGACUGAGUAUUGUAUUUUUGGAAAAAAAUAAAUGAAUAAAAAAAAUUAAACAGCCAUCUCCAGAGAAGAAUAUUGGGAAAUAUUUAAAUACUUGCUCAGAAAUAGUAAUAUACAUGUCAAGGUUAAGUUUUGACAGUUAUUUAUUUUGAUGAGGCUUGGUUAUUACUGUAGGUGAGGAACAAGAGAUCUUGUCAGUUCACCAAAGUUUUGUGAAGUUAAACUGUUAAUUAAACCACAAAUAGGAAAACAGUCAACCUUUUAAACCUCAGCCCCAGACUGUAGAUUUGUGGUCUGGUGAACUACAUCAAACAUCUGCAAUAGAAAAAAUGUUAGGUUUGUAUUCAUUGUCAUUACAGUCUGUGCAAUACAUAAAUAGACACUGAAGCUUGCAACUUCAUUUUACAGCUUAUUCCAUUCUGAUGGAUCUCUGUACUCUUGGUGUGUUAACUGUGGCCUAGAAUGAUUAAUGGUUAAACCAAUAAUGUGAUUGCCAUCAUUCAAAUAAAUAAAUAAAAAAAAACCUGCUGACAUACUUGAUGCAACUAGACUUUUAACACAAACCUUUAACUAUUCUCUACAGUGAAAAUGUAUUUCUGAAACAAUAUUUUGCAACCAUUACAGAUUGGGGACAGAUUCUGUGCCUUUAUCAAAAUGAACUGAAUUUCCAACAAGGAGCAUUUAUGAAUGGUCAGUGCAAUUAUUAUAUUUAAAUAGUCAGAAUUGUUAUCACUGAUAGCCUUACUGAUUGUGAUAAAACAUUUUGAAAUAAAAUUGAUUUCAUCUUG